AUGACCGAAAGAUCAUUGCCAAAACUCGCUAAGCUACACUCUGCCUGUAACGAUGAUCUGCAAGCGGAUGAUACCUGGGCUGGGCUGACAGACCCCAGCGAACGGCGUCGGCGGCAAAAUCGCAUUAACCAGAGGAUACACCGCAAGCGAAAGCGAAUAAAACUGCAACAAGAAGAUAUCCACCUCAAAAGCCUAGUUGUAUCCUCCAGCUCGAUCUCUGCUACUCAAGCACAAGACACGACCCGGCCAGGAAACAGCCCCACAAAUGUUCAUUUCAAGCAAAUACUUCGGCAGUUUAUACAAUCAGCGUAUCAAAGCUAUUCAGAGGGAGAUCCAGCCGCCGAGCAUCUCUUCACAUUAACAAAAGUCAACGUCUUCCUCGCGUUCACGCAGAACAUGAGGCUAAUCGGGUGGCCACCGGGUUGGAUGAACGACGACCCUAAUUCCCGAUUAAGUAAUUCUUUGUCGCAAAAGAAAUCCACAUUAAACGACUACAGCCACAUUCCUAUCAACCUUCGACCGACUCGGGUCCAAAUAACAGUUCCCCACCACCCCUGGCUUGAUCUCUUCCCUUUACCCAAGAUGCGCGACAAUCUCAUAGCAGCCGGCCAAGCUUGUGAUCAUGACCAGCUUUGUCAUGAUAUCAUGGGAUUUUGGGGUGAACCAAAUCUCCAAGCUGGACUACUGGUGUGGGGGAAGCCUUGGGAUGUACGCAGUUGGGAAGUGACGGAACCAUUUUUGAAAAAAUGGCAGUGGGUCAUUCGGGAUUGUCCUGAACUAAUGAGUUCGACGAAUACCUGGCGUGCGAGGCGAGGGGAGCAGUUGAUAUUUCGCUACCUGUAA